AUGAACCCAGAGCUACCCGCUUCUCCAACAGGCUUUAUGCGCGAUCUCCCUCCGGAGCCCCUCCCGCUUGGACCUAUCCCUCGCGAUGCACACAUCCCUGACUGUUAUCGAGACCCAGCGUCGUAUUGGUACGGUCUCCGCGAAACCUACAUCAAGAACUACGUCUCGGUCAUGGCGCCCGGCUUGUGCGACAUACUCGAGCAGCCGCCUCCUCACGUUUUUGUUCGCGAAGGCAGCCAUGGUCACUGGAGCUGUCCACAGUGCGGCUACGCCUUAUGGCCAUUCAAUAUUGGAGCGGACGAGCAGGCCGUGCUUGAUUCAAUGGGCGUUUGGGACACGAUGGUGGAUCACGACGAAGAAACGGGGGACUUCCGUCUGGACACUACGAACCCUUGGCGCUUUUUGCGCUACUUGGACGCUCUGGCGUGGUCGCAUGUCGACAGGCACUUGCGGGAGAUUGGGAUGCGGCUAACGUUUCCUGAUCCGGAAGACUGCCGGCCGCAAGGCAUAGGGUGGUGGUUGGAGCCCGAACAGCCGGCGCCUGCAAACGCCCGACCAGACGGCGCGGAGUUCCCGGAGGAAUUAUACGCCCUGUGCGAGACUCUGCGGGACUUGGAGGAGGUUGGAGCGCAGCAUAACCGGGAAUGGUUUGGGGUAAACCGCUUGCGGUGGGCCAGGCGUGGCAUACAUCGCGCUUGUGUGAUGCUCACUGAGCUGCGCCGAAACGCGCGCACGCGUCGCGCUCAAGUUGUGGGGAACGCAUUUGGCGCAGGAGCAGGCAUAUUGCACGUGGCACAGGCUCUCAUGGCGCGAAGGCGUUUGGACGAAGAAGAGCUGUUACCAUGGCGUUGCGCGUUGAGGGACUACCGGGAGGAGGAGGCAGAGGUCAGGGCAUGGGCUACGAACGGGAUGCUGGCAGAGGCUGUAAUCGUACGCGACGACUGA